AAAAGUGGGCUACUUCUCCAAAGCGUCCCGGUUUGUACCGGGGAGUUUGUCGUCACCCGCACCCCAGCUUUCCCCCCCUCGGCUCCCUAAAUGGAUGGGCCAGCCUUGGUCUUUGCAGUUCAGCGCAGGCCAAAAGAUUGGAAACAACUUGUGAGUAUCCGUCAGUUUGGCGUCUAGAGGGAAACUCUCAGAAAUGCCCCGCUGCCUCGCUGGACUUCAACUCUGAGGACUUUUCUCCUGCAUUUUGCGCUUUCUUUUUCUUUUCUUUUCUUUUCUUUUUUUUUUUUUUAUUUUUUUUCAUUUCAGGAGGAAGCACAAAGUUUACAGGAGAAAGGAAAACUUUGCGCUGAAGUGGCAGCUCUCUCGCUUUAGCUCUCGCUAUGGAUUGUAUGUAUUUAUUGAUGUGCUUUUCACUCACUCAACUCUUUUUGGAGCAUAUUUUCGCUGCAGAAACACAUGAAAAACUCUCUGGAAAGUUAAGUGAAUAUGGUCUUAUCGUGCCAUUCAGCACAGACUCCCACGGCCGGUACAUUUCUCACGUGGUCUCUGCUGGAGGUGGAAGUAAAGGUGCUCCUGCCCCUGAUGCCUCCUCGGCUCCUGGCAGCAGAAGAAGGGUGGCCCGCAGUGCCCCGGAGAUGCCCUCUGUCACCUCUGCCUCGGCCCAGCACUUGUUUUUCAAUGUCACCGUGUUUGGGAAGGAGCUGCACCUCCGCCUGAGGGCCAACAGGAGGCUGGUGGCCCCCGGGGCAGUAGUGGAAUGGCAAGAGGACUUUAAGGAGAAGGGAAAAGAGCAGAUCCACGGGGACUGUGUUUUCACUGGGGAUGUGAGCGACAUGCCGGAGGCCUCUGUGGCCAUCAGCAACUGUGAUGGACUGGCAGGCCUGAUCCGGACUGAUAAUGGGGAGUUUUUCAUCGAACCCCUCGAAAAGGGCCAGCAGGAUGUGGAAGUGAAGGGGCGUGUCCACGUGGUCUACCGCAGAUCGGCCAUCAAGCGGGAGACGGGCCGGCGGAGGGACGACCUUCACAACGAAGUGGCAGACAUCGGCAUCGCGGACCUCCCGGCGGCUCUCGAUCUCGUCGAGCACAAACUGUCGGAGUCGGACCGCAAGAGGAGGCACGCGAAGAAAGACGACUACAACAUCGAGGUGCUGCUGGCGGUGGACGACUCGGUGGUGCGCUUCCAUGGCAAGGAGCAUGUGCAGAAUUAUGUUCUCACGCUCAUGAAUAUAGUUGAUGAAAUAUAUCACGAUGAAUCUCUGGGGACCAACAUCAACAUUGUGUUGGUGCGGAUGAUCAUGGUCGGAUAUCGGCAGUCUAUAAGCCUGAUUGAACGUGGCAACCCAUCUCGCAGCCUCGAGCAGGUCUGCCGAUGGGCCAACACGCAGCAGCGCCGCGACCCCGACCACGCCGAGUACCACGACCAUGCCAUCUUCCUCACAAGGCAAGAUUUUGGUCCUGCAGGUAUGCAAGGUUACGCUCCAGUGACGGGGAUGUGCCACCCACUGAGGAGCUGCACUCUGAACCAUGAGGACGGCUUCUCCUCUGCCUUUGUGGUCGCUCACGAAACCGGCCAUGUGCUGGGGAUGGAGCAUGAUGGCCAGGGGAACCGCUGUGCAGAUGAGACCAGCAUGGGCAGCAUCAUGGCGCCGCUCGUCCAGGCAGCGUUCCACCGUUAUCACUGGUCACGUUGCAGCAAGCAGGAGCUGAACAGAUACAUCCACUCCUAUGACUGCCUGCUGGAUGAUCCUUUUGAACAUAAGUGGCCCAAGCUUCCUGAACUCCCUGGAAUAAAUUAUUCGAUGGAUGAGCAGUGCCGCUUUGAUUUUGGCGUCGGUUAUAAAAUGUGCACAGCUUUUCGGACCUACGACCCGUGCAAGCAGCUGUGGUGCAGCCACCCUGACAACCAGUACUUCUGUAAGACCAAGAAAGGCCCUCCAGUCGACGGUACAGAGUGUGCUCCAGGGAAGUGGUGCUUUAAAGGUCACUGCAUCUGGAGAUCCAGCCAGGAGCCUCAAGGCCACGAUGGGAGUUGGGGCUCCUGGUCAAAGUUUGGCUCUUGCUCCCGAACGUGCGGCGGCGGAGUUCGAUCCCGCAACAGGCAGUGCAACAACCCCCCGCCUGCCUAUGGCGGUCGGGACUGUCCCGGCUCUGCGUUCGACUACCAGAUGUGCAACACAGAGGAGUGUGCUGGCCCUUACGAGGACUUCCGCGCUCAGCAGUGCGUCCAGAGGAGCAACAAAUAUCACAAAAACAUCAAGCACACCUGGCUCCCGUACGAGCACCCCGACGAGGGUCGGAAGUGUGAGCUGAGCUGUAAGUCGAAGGAGACGGGCGAGGUGGUGUUCAUGAACCAGGUGAUGCAUGAUGGGACGCGGUGCAGCUACUCGGAUCCCUUCAGCAUCUGUGCUCGAGGAGAGUGUCUGCACGUGGGCUGCGACAAGGAGGUGGGCUCCUACAAGCAGGAGGACAAGUGCGGCGUCUGCGAGGGGGACAACUCCCACUGCCGCACCGUCAAGCUGACGCUCACCAAGACCCCCAAAAAGAACGGAAUGCUGAAAAUGUUCGACAUCCCAAUUGGAGCCCGCCACAUCGUUAUCGAAGAGAAUGAGACCUCCCCUCAUAUCAUUGCUGUGAAGAACCAAGUCACUGGAAACUUCAUACUGAAUGCAAAAAGCGAAGACGCAGAAUCGAAGACUUUGAUCGAGAACGGUUUACAGUGGGAGUACACCAUGGACGGCGAGAAGGAGACGCUGAAAACCAGCGGCCCGCUGCACGAAGGGAUCGUCGUCCUGGUCAUUCCCCAGGAAGACGACGUAAAGAUCAGCCUGACGUAUAAAUACAUCAUACACGAGGACCUGCUGCCGCUCAUCACAAAUAACAACGUGCUCCUGGCUGAGCUGGACACCUACGAGUGGGCCCUGAAAAGCUGGUCUCAGUGCUCCAAGCCGUGUGGGGGAGGCAUACAGUUCACGAAAUACGGGUGCCGGAGGAAGAGCGACAGCCGUCUGGUGCACCGGAACUUUUGCGAGACCAGCAAAAAGCCCAAACCGAUCCGCAAGCGCUGCAACGUCCAGGAGUGCAGCCAGCCCACGUGGGUGGUGGACGACUGGACCCCGUGCAGCAAGACCUGCGGGAAGCUGGGCUACCAGACCAGAGUGGUGCAGUGCAUGCAGACGCUGCACAACGGCACCAACAGGCCCGUGCACAGCAAGCACUGCACCGAGGAGCGUCCGGACAUGAGGAGGGGCUGCAACUACACCUCGUGCCCGGCGCAGUGGAGGACGGGGGCCUGGUCUCAGUGCUCGGUGACUUGCGGAGAAGGAAUCCAGCAGAGGCAGGUGGUCUGCAAGGCCAGCGACAACACAAUAGGAGAGUGCGAGGGCGAGAAGCCCGAAACUGUCCUCAUCUGCAAAUUAAGCCCCUGUCCAGGCCAGCCGGCAGAAAACUCCACCAUGAAAGAUGAAGCUGUGUUCCAGAGAGUUCCUGAAAACCCGGUGCAGAAAAUCUCAUCAAAUGAGCCCUGCCUCGGGGACAAAUCGAUUUUCUGUCAAAUGGAGGUUCUGGCCCGUUACUGCUCCAUCCCGGGAUACUAUAAGCUGUGUUGUGAAUCCUGCAACAAGAAAGGUCUCACCACCGACAUUCCCGACUUCGACUUCUCCACGGCGCCUUCGGCCGACCACGACACCUCCGCCGCGUCCCACCCUGCCUCAACCAAGGCGGCGUCUCCUUUCACUGCGACGCCCGUCGCACCGCAAACCACUAAAGCCGUCAGUCGGCGGCUUCUCUCCACGGCCCCGGCGCCGACCACGUCCGUUCGCGCUCAAGCUUCCGCCUCGCCGGGCGCCGCCGCCGCCGCCGCCCCCCGGAGUCCCACCGGGGAUCCAGACGCGGGGCCUCUUCUACCUCCAGGGCCGCCCCGGCCCACCGCAGACUCCAGUGGAGGUGCCUCUAAGGAGCACAGUCCAAACAGCACUUUAGGCCCAGUCGCUGCCAGGUCAAGAAGGGACGAUGCAGGAUCUGAGAGGGACUCCAGCCACAGGACCCUGUCGGCACAGAAACAGUGAGCGUCCGGCGCCGGUAUCUGUGUCGCUCCACACGUUGCUGCAGAUAAUUUCUGUAUUGUUUUUUUUGUUGAAGAUUUUCUUUUUCAUACCAGUGAACUUAGACCAGACCAGUGACGGUUACCUCAUCAAAACCUCCAGAGUGAUCUGCGUGCGGCGCUGCUCUCCCCUCCGCGCUUCAAAUAAUGAAAUGGGAGAAGGAAGAAAAAAAAAGAAAGAAAAAAAAAAACGUUGUCAAAACCAAGGUGCUGUAAACUAAAACGACUACAAGACGCGUUCAAAAUGUGAUGACUGCAUUGCUACAUUCAUGUUUUUAUCUGUGUACAGUUGUCUUAGUCUGUUGUGUUUCCUCAAGUGCAUUAGAACUACUAUUGAACUUGUAUUGUGAAUGUGAGGAGAGCUCACAGUCCCGGUGUUUGAGGGUGCUUGUGCGAGCUAUGGAUUCUGGAGUGCGCCACCAGAAUAAUUACCAACCUGUUCAAAUCACUAAAUUGGUCUUUUCAUAGAAUUUUAAAUUGCAUUGGGCAUUAAUUAUUUGUGAAGAUAAACUAUACUCAUCAUAUUUGAUGGUGAUAUGAGUCAAAUUGCAAAUUGGAUUAUUACUACAACAAAAGAUGAUCUACCUUUUGUGGGUAGAAGCAUCUAAAUCUGAAAAUCUUUAAACUAUUAUCUGCAUUUUUGUAGAUAUAAUGAUUUCCAUGAUCUUCCCAUGUGUAAAAGAUGGAGCUGUUCCUCUCUGACAACUCGAAUCCACGCUCACAGGUGAUUCAUUGUUAAAAUGCUCAAAUCAGAUCAUCGGUCUGUUCGCAGAAAGCCCUUGUCAGCGGUGUAAUUAUCCCGGUGGCUCACUCCUGACUUUACAGUCAUCGCUCCUUGCAGAGAGCCUCCCGGCUUCUCUGUUCCCGGUGCUCUUUGUUACGUUGUCAAAUCCAAAAACCUCUAAUUUUCCUCACUGAUAGCAAAAAAAAAAAAAAGAAAGAAAGAAACUCGGCUGUUUGGAGGCCAACCCCGCUGUAGCGUGCCCGUUGUUUGUCUUU